CAUUUUUUAGCUCAUUGCAGAAAGGUUUUCUCGGCUCAAGAACUUAUAUUGUUGCCGAAUUCUGUGUCACACUCCCUAACCUCCAGACGAAGCCGCGGCAGCCCGCAUGUUUCCGCACCGGAAAGCUCGACGUGGACAAUAUUGCACCCAAACGGCCGUCCUCCUGGAGGCGCACCAAACCUCAACAUGCGCAUGGCAUCCACGCACGACCUCUGUCUCUCUAUUUUCUCCUGCUGUGGUACACAGCACUGUCGCAACAAACAAUUCAAUGCCCGAGAGCUGCUGACCGCCUCUGAUCAUCUGCUUCUUUUUCUGGAACCCCAAGUCACGGCCCUAAAGGGAAGGUUGCAGCGCUCGCCGUGGGACAGACAGACCCCGGACCGGCAGUUGGAGCUUGGAAAUCCGGGGAAAGGAACACGGCCGGGCAUCUCAUCAUGCAUUCCUCCCAGCCUCCGUCUUUUUACCAAGCUUUCCUCCUGUCGCACAGGCAGCAUUCCCCGCAUGCUGUCCCACGGGACGCCGAGGAGAACACCCCAUCAUGCGGGUGGAGGAAUUGGAGACUCUUGGUGGGUUGGGGUACCUACCUUGAUGAUCACCACGUUACAGCCCAGCCGUGUUGUUCGGUCACGGGAGGCAGCUUGCUGGGACCGCAUGCUCACCACAUGCGAACACGAUGGUUCAUCCAAUCUAUCUUCGCAUCGCCGGUGGUGUUAAGGUGGCACCGCGGUCAUGAUGAUGCGGUCAGAUAUCUUUUUGGCGAGUCCAAUUAUCUCUUCCUCUCCUUGCCCUUGCUUCCCACAUGCCGGUCAGCUUGCUCUGGUGUUGUUUUCUUUUUGCUAGCUUCCAUUACAGAAUGGCGUUUCUCUGGAUCGCCUCUCUUGUGUUGUGCUCUCUGUGGGGGGCACGGGGACAGACUGAACGAUGUUCGGGUUACGAAGCCAUCAACGUGCUGAAGGCGGACUCGUAUCUGAUUGCAGAUCUUGUUCUCAUUGGCAACUGCAGCUCUCACAGCAGCGACAUCGAGAACCUGAGGUUGCUUGUCGAGUACCAGACAGACUCACGGCUGCAUGUCCUCAUCACAGAUGCCGAUUCCCAAGUGUUUCAAAUCCAGGAACACGUUCUCCCCCGACCGAGAAACGAGAACGCGUCCUCGAGCAGCUCUAGGUUGCAGUUCAGUUUCACCCAAAGCCCGUUUGCCUUUAGCGUUACAAGAGCGUCGACAGGGGAGACCCUUUUUGACACGGCCGACACGCCGUUGAUCUUUGAAACCCAGUACAUCCGACUCAGAACUCGCUUGCCGUCGAAUCCAAAUAUUUAUGGGCUGGGCGAACACUCGGAUGACUUUCGCCUUCCAACAUGGAAUUACACCCGCACGCUAUGGAACACGGAAUCGCCCAUGAUCCCAAACGGGCUCAAUCUCUACGGCUCGCACCCGGUGUACUUUGACCAUCGGGGCGAGUCAGGCACGCACGGCGUGUUUCUGCGGAGUUCCAACGGCAUGGAUGUCAAGUUGGGCACCUCGGACCAGGGACAGCAAUUCCUCGAGUACAAUGUGAUUGGCGGCGUAUUCGACUUUUACUUCUUAGCAGGCCCGACCCCAACAGACGUCAGCAAGCAGUAUGCCGAAGUUGUCGGGCUCCCAGCGUUUGUGCCGUAUUGGGUCCUGGGUUUCCAUCAGUGCAAGUAUGGAUAUAAAAGCAUUGAUGAAGUUGGACAAGUUGUUGACACCUACGCGGCCGCUGGGAUCCCAUUGGAGACGAUGUGGGGUGAUAUUGACUACAUGAGCGACCAUCAGGAUUUCACCACGGACGGGAGCCGUUACCCCCUGGAGAAAGUUCGGCAGCUGGUUCAGAGUCUGCACGAUGAUGGACAACACUAUGUUCAAAUCCUGGAUCCGGGAAUCCAUCGAGCUGGUGGUUACCCAACCUACACCAGAGGCGCCGAACAGAACGUCUUUCUCAAAGCAGCAGAUGGCUCAUUUUAUCGCGGGUUUCAAUGGCCCGGCGAAGUGGUUUGGCCUGACUGGCUCCAUCCAAACACACAGGAAUGGUGGACAGAUGAGAUCAGGAGGUUCUACGACCCCAACUCAGGCGUCAAUGUCGAUGGGCUGUGGGUUGACAUGAAUGAGGCGAGCAACAUGUGUGAAAGCACCAGCUGCUUUGCUUCAACAUCUGCUCGAACCUGCGUUGCCAACAAGGGUAUCGCGGUCAGGAAACGUUACGGGGACCCGGUUCCAUUUCUUGGAGUGCCAGAGAGAGAUCUCUUCAACCCCCUGUAUCGCAUACAGAACCGAUGGGGCGACAUCUCCAGCAAAACUUUGUGGACGAACAUCACCAAUGCCGACGGAACCCACCAGUAUGAUACUCACAACUUCUACGGCACCAUGAUGGCUGGCGCCACCCGGAACGCCCUGCUGAGCAGAAACUCGGCUGUCAGGCCCUUCGUCCUCACUCGAUCGACCUUUGCUGGCGUGGGGAGAGUGGCAGCGCAUUGGUUCGGUGACAACGCUUCUAGGUGGGAUCAUUACCGAACUACUAUCCGCCAAAUGUUGUCCUUCACUGCCCUGCACGCGGUGCCCUUUGUUGGCUCUGACGUCUGUGGCUUCAACGAAAACGCGACGGAAAAAAUGUGCGCCCGCUGGGCUUUGCUAGGCGCUUUCCAGCCCUUCUACCGCAACCACGCAGAUAUCACGGCCAACCGUCAGGAAUUUUACCUGUGGCCUUUGGUCACUCAAGCCGCCAAGAAGGCGAUUGAUACUCGCUACAAGUUGCUCGACUACAUGUACACCUCCCUCUGGAAAGCGAGCGCUGACGGCACGCCCAACGCCAGCCCGCUGUGGUUCUUCUACCCCUCGGAUAGCAACACGUUUGGCAUCCAGAACCAAUGGAUGCUCGGAGACGCGUUACUUGUUUCUCCAGUUGUUGACGACGACUCCCAGAGCGUCAGCUUCUACCUUCCGGACGAUAUCUGGUAUGACUUUUGGACUUUUGAGCAAAAGGCCGGGGGUGGACAAACGCACAGGUUGGACGGUGUACAGUGGGAUGAGAUUCCUGUUCACAUUCGAGGCGGGACUAUCCUUGCUAUGAGGACUGAAUCAGCGAAUACUACUGCCCAGUUGAGGGAGAAGAACUUUAGGAUUAUUGUUGCGCCGGGGAAGGACGGGACUGCCAAGGGGGAAUUGUACUUGGAUGAUGGGGCCAGUUUGGAUGUGGGGGGGAACAAGUCGGAGAUUGGGUUUUUGUGGGAUGGGCAGAGCUUUGCUGCGAACGGGACGUUUGGGUUUGAGACGGAUGUGAAGGUUGAGAGGGUUGUUGUUCUCGGAGGGGAGGGAGGGGAGGUUGUUACGCAUGAGGGGCCUUGGGGGUUGGGAGGAGAGUUUGGGUUUCAUUUGUAG